CAAAUACCGGAAUCAGAACUUCUUUAUUUGAAAAACGUGGUAAUUAAAGAAUUACAAAAAAGACUCAAAAAUCAUCAUCAUGCUGUUGGAAAACAAGUAUUUUCAUUACAUUGUAGUGAAAAUGCUUUUGUUGGAUUAUUUGGUGCUUAUAUUACACGUUAUUUGCCUUGCAGUUCUUUUUAUAUUUGCAAUUUUAAAGGAGAAGAUGCCGUUGAUACAAUUGGAUCAAUAUUCAACAACAAUAAUUGGUAUAAGCGUCACUACGGUAAUGAUCAAAAACAAUCAAAAAAAUCCCAAUCAAAAUUAUCUUCAAAUGGCGAAAUGAUUAUAGAAUGGAAAGUAACUGGUUUUAAAGAUAAGGAAAACCACGAAUAUAGGGCAGGAGUGCUUCAAAUUCGCUUUUUCUUAGAUCAGU